AUGGCGCCCGUGUGUCUACAGACGGUGACAGAAGCGCUGAGGGAGCUGACGGUGCCGGCGGAAGUGACUGUUGUGUCACAGGCCAGCCGUGAGGAUGUGCUUCUGCAGACUCUAUCCCACAAUCUUUCUGCCCUUCAGGAGAAGCUGCUGCAGGAUCCAGGCAGGCUGGCUUUGGGGCAGCUGAGGAAUGGUAUAAUGACCCAGUUAGCUUGGCCACUGAAUUGUGAUGACAUCGUAUGGAGCUUUGUUGUUGAAGUUCUAGUGCUCCUCUUGUGUUUGAAGCAGGCAAUGAUUGAUGUGUUAGCACAAUUCACACCCCAAAAGCCAAAUCCCAAGAGCCCUGAGUGUGCACCGCCACUGUCUCCUGACACUCUGAGUAUUUCACAGCAGAAAACAGUCCAAUCUGCUCUACAGUUUGCUGUCACUCUUGGGAUCUGCCCAUAUCUGCUGCCAGGGGUUGGAAUUCCACUUGGCCGCAGGUCAGAGUUUGCAGCCACGGUUGAAAAGGUGGUUGGUCACUCGAUGCCCACUAGUGGAACGUGGCGCCUGCACGCUGUCACCCAGGUGCUCCUCACCGUUGCCGAGCAUCCUUCUUUGGAGUGCCUUGUGUUCACCAGGCACCUUGGAGAUCUGAUAGCCAGUCUCUGCCAACUGGGUUAUUCGCCAAACAAAGGUCAACAGAACUUGGUGUUAGAGAAAGGUUCACCAGGACACAGUGCACCUCAGAAGGGCCUCACUCAGGAUGAGCAGCAGGACUGUCAGGAAGCUCUAUGGAAGAUUUUGGAUCGAGUAUAUCAGCCAAAUGUCAUCAAGGAACUGCUGAUUCUUCAGGGAGGAACUAAGCAGGUGGUCAGAGCUAGAGGUGGCACCACACAAACCAUUCCUCAGGCUCCAGCCUGGUUGCGACGCCUCUGUGGCCAGUUCUUGUCCCAGGCUCUGAUGAAGCCUCAUGGUGUCCAGGCCGUGGUGAGAGGAAUUGUGGAAGGAGCUGGUGCUGGACUUGCAGGAGGUCAGAGUGCAGAGGCAGCGGCUGCUGAUUGGAGAAAAUGUGAUAGUGUGGCCAGGAUACUGGCUUCCUGUCCUCAGCAAUGUUUGUCUGUUGGAGAUUACUACCGGCAGGUGUGCCCUCAGGUUCUUGAACUGCUUCACAUCAGGGACACACUGACAGCUCGUCAGUUCCAGCGGGUGGCCACAACAACUCUGCUCGCAAUGGUGAAGGAACAACCAGAUUUGGCAGACGGACACCUGCUGGAGCCUCUACUUGCUCCACUCAUCACCUGCUUGAGGACUGGAGAGAUGGGCGAUGAGUCAGUGCAGGUGGAGGAGGUGAAGGUGGGAGAACUGGAGCUAACCAGAUGUGUAGAGGAUGUGUACAAGGUCUGUGUCGUUGGAAAUGACCCUCUCCCCAGGCUGAUGGAGUCUCUGCAGACAGUGAUUCCUGCAAUCUUUAAUCUUUAUUGCUUCACCAAGCAAGGGGUGUCACAUUUGCGGUCUACUUGCCAGGAAAUUCUUCUGUGGUUCUUUCAGAAAUCAGAGACACCAGUAGCUCUACUGAUGUUGAAGCAACUUGCAGGCCUGUCACCAUUGAUUCCUUUCUUGCAGCCACUGUACCAGUUCACAGCAGGUAGUGAGGGAGGUGUGAGACUCAUUGCAAAGGGGACAGUAAGUGAUGAAGAUGACGCUUUGUACAGAAAAGUUUGUUGGGAGCAGUGGCGGGUAGAGUGUCUGGCAGAUUUACUGAGCAGCCUGCAGGAGAGCAGCAUUGCUGGAGAUUUCUUCAUCGAGUGUUUGAAGGGUAUUGCGUACGUAGCAGGAGAGGCUAACUGCAGUUCUGCACCAGGCUGCACAGGUGACCUGCCUGACUUGGAGCAGCAGCAUCUGAUCGCUGUGCAGCUCGUAGCUGUCAUGUGCGAAAGAAUCGGUCAUUCUGUGUUCAGCAACACUGUGCAGGUCAUUGAAUUUAUCACUGCUACGUUGGAGCGUUCCUGCAUGAGCUUGGUGCAUGGAACGGAGGAGACGGUGGAGGCACAGACACUGAGUAUGGGAAUGGGACUGAUGGCAGCGAUGCUUGGGGGAGCUGUCCAGCUCACCUCAUCAGAUUUUGUUGCAAUGAGACCGAUGUUGCCUCAGCUCGAGCAGCUCUCAGCUUUACAUCCUGACCCUGUGAUACAAGAGCUGGCAUCAGACCUGCGUAUUACCAUCGCCACCCACGGAGCGUUCUGUAGUGAAGUGGUUUCCAAAGCUGCGCACAGUACCAUGGGCGACAAAACUGAACGUGUCGAUGGAUCAGCUGAACCUGGGCAGGUAGAAGAGGCCAGUGCCAUGACCAAGGACCGAGAGGUACCCACAUCAGGCAGGAGCCACUCCUCCAGUGACCUCCACCAGAUUAUUCAGGCAGCCUUUGAUCCUGAGGUAUCCACACGUGCAGCUGCUCUGAGGACACUUACUCAGAUGGUUCAACAGCACAACCCCGAUGCCCUUAGUAACCAGGAGAAGGUCCUGACAGUGUUUCUGGAAAACCUGAACCAUGAAGACUCGUUUGUUUAUUUGUCAGCAAUUCAAGGUGUAUCAGUGCUGUCGGAUGUCUACCCAGCCCGAAUUCUUCCACGAUUACUCAAGGAAUAUCAAAUGUCACCGCCUGAAGGUGAGAAAAUACGAUCUGUGGAGACACGAAUGAAGAUAGGAGAGGUCCUGAUGCGUAGUACAAGAGCAUUGGGUGAGAUGGCUUCACACUACCGUGACCAGUUGAUUCAUGUUUAUUUGAUGGGAACAAGGGAUCCGGAUAGUUCUUUGCGAGCCAGUAGCCUAUCGAACCUGGGGGAGCUCUGUACCUGCCUGGAUUUUGCUUUGGGAUCAGUAGUUCAUGAGGUGACCUCAUGCCUUUCUGCCAUUGUUAAGACAGAACGUGAGGCAGAGGUGCGUCGGGCUGCAAUCCAUGUAAUCACUCUCCUGCUGCGGGGACUUUGUGAGAAGGCUCUUCAGGUUCUGGGUGAUGUCCUGCGUGACCUCUACCACUUGUUGAAAUUUGCAGUCCAGACCGAUAUGGACGAGGUAGUGCAGCUUCAUGCACAGUUGGCGCUGGAAGAAUUGGACCAUGUUGUCAAAAGGAUUCUGUUCCCAGAGGAGAAACUCGAGAAAAAAAUUACCAUCCUUCCAUAACAGAAGAUUCUGGAAU